CAACGGCCGGAACGCACAAGGCUGUAUUGUUUAUUUCGCUUACAGCCCACUUGUUACUAGGAUCUUUGACUAGGAAGUCUUAAACAUUCCACCAAUCCCAACCGUCAAAGUGGUGUACGUGCGAACCGAACGUUCGACAAGUUUAGCCAUCUUGCAGUAUGUUAAGUGCAGAGGAGUGAAAUUGGUUGGCGAACGGUGACAAGCUUCUAUCAUCGACGAGAAAAAAUAGCAUUUAAACUAUGUCGGAAGAACCAAACAUUGUGAUAGUCGGUAUAGGAUGCCGGUUUCCGGGAGCGAAUAACGUAGACGAGUUUUGGCGACUACUGAAGAACGGAGAAAACCAUCUGAUCGAGGUGCCACCAGACCGAUGGAAUAUCGAGACAUUUUACGACGCAGACCCCAGCGCGCCUGGCAAGAUGUACGUUCGACAGGGAGGCUUCAUUCCUGGCGUAGAGGAUUUUGACAACAGACACUUCGGUAUCUCGGACGAGGAGGCCCGCAUGAUGGAUCCGCAACAGAGGCUGGUAUUGCAUUGCGUACACAUGGCUCUUGAGGACGGCGGUAUUACAAGAGCAGAACUACAGAAGGGAAAAACUGGGGUGUAUAUAGGCUCGAUGACGUACGAUUACAACGCACAGGCAAACGAGGAUGCAACCAUAUGCGUUCCGUACUCGGUUACCGGAAAUCACUUUAGUAUCAUCAGUGCCAGAGUGUCAUACGUCUACAACUUGACUGGUCCGGCUAUGACUAUUGACACAGCUUGUUCAUCGUCUUUGGUUGCCAUCAACACAGCAUCUCAGGCUCUUUUGCUAGGUGAUUGCGAUAUGGCGAUAUGCGGAGGGGUAAACUGUUUGUUUGAACCUAACGUUUUUGUGGCGCUGUGCAAGGCACAUAUGUUGUCUCCGCACGGCCAGUGUCGCACAUUCACCAAGCAAGCCGACGGCUAUGCACGAGGCGAGGGAUGCGGGAUAGUCAUUUUGAAAAGAAUGCACAAGGCGAUUGAGCAGAACAAUAAAAUAUGGGGAUUGAUUCAAUCUGGAACCAAUCAGGACGGACAGAAUGCCCAGCCAAUCAGUGCACCCUCAGGCCUUCAACAAGAGAAACUAAUGGAAGAGUUAUUCACAAAAUGCAACUUAGACAGAAACAAAAUACAAGUUAUCGAGGCGCAUGGCACUGGAACUGCAAUCGGUGAUCCGACAGAAUGCAGAGCCCUUGGGAAAGUUCUCGGUUCAAAGAAAUUCCGAAAGUAUCUCGGGUCAGUGAAAACCAAUAUCGGUCACCUAGAGGCCGCAGCCGGAGUGGCUGGCCUGAUCAAGGUACUGCUGAUGAUGAAGUACAAAACCAUCGUUCCCUCUCUGUGGUACAGCAAGGAGAACGAAAAUCCGGACUUAAAACUAGGCGAGAUAGGAUUUACUGUUCCUACAAUAUGUAUACCUUGGGAUGUAACUGCGAACAAUAAAAGACAAGCAUCUGUGAACAGUUUUGGAUUUGGUGGCACGAACGCUCACGCAGUUGUCACGGAGGUUUCAGUUUGUCAGUCCUACCGCAGCGUAUCUACAUUUCCUUUGCCAGCAUUUGUUGUCAUCUCUUCCCAUGACGAAGAUUCUCUCUACGCAAAUAUUGCAUCAUUCACAGAACGCUUAAAGUCUGGGGACUACAACUUGCGUUCUCUUUCAUUCACAUCAACCUGCAAGCGAGAUUUUAUGCCGAUUCGAGAGGCAUUAUUUGCCGAUAACCACAAUAGGUCUGAUUGA